AUGGAGGGCGAUGCACCGUGGGCGUUAGGUGUUAUGUGGACGUUGACAUUCAUCACUCUCGUCUUCGUGAUCCUUAGAGUCUACACGCGUGUCGUCAUUGUCAAAACCUCUGGUGUCGACGACUUUGUGUACAACUUUGCCUUCAUUCUCUUACUCUUAUACACAGUGUUCAUACAUUUGUCGGCAAACUAUGGCUUCGGCCAGAACAUGUUCGAGAUUGAAGACGUUGAGGAUGCGGUUCGGGCAGUACUGCUCGAGGUAAUCGGGCAAACAUUUGCCAUUAUUGGUAUGGCAGUCGCGAAGUGCUCUCUUGGUCUUUUUCUCCUGCGCCUUCUCAGCGUCAACAUGAUAUGGCACAGGAUGGCAAUCUGGGCUACCAUGGCAGGCCUUAUGUUGACUUCCAUCUCGGUCGUCUUCGUCUAUUGGCUGCAAUGUACUCCACCCGCGUACCUCUGGGAUCACCGAAUUCGGGGGGGCUUCUGCCACAUCAAGUCCGUCCCGGCUGCUUUCACACUUUCCAUUUUCUGCAUCAUUGUCGACUUCUUCUUCGCCAUUUUCCCCUGGGUAUUACUCUGGAACCUUAACAUGAACAAGAGGGAAAAGGUUAUUAUUGCCGGCAGUAUGAGCCUCGGUGUCUUUGCCGGCGCCUGCGGUAUCAAGAGGACAAUGGAGUUACCCAACCUGACCAAGAAGAAUUACCUUAAGGACACCGUCCGCGCGAUCGUUUGGUCUGCCGCCGAGAUCGUCGUAACAAUGGUAUGCAUUGGUAUUCCGGUCUGCCGACCGCUCUACAAGCGUGUCUUCCAGAGGCUCGCGUCCAACGAUGCCGGAGAAUCCCAGCUUCCCCGAUGUUCAGCUCGGCUUUACCGGUCCUCCGAUCAAAACAUGGCAGUACACAGGCCCGACGGGCGACAACUCGAAUGA